AUGCCAGCAGUUGAGUCAGAGUCUGCAGAAGUGCCUUCGACAUCGGCAGUUGUUGACGCUGUUUUAGUGGUUUCCUCCUCUGCAGUGUUUUUUGACGCGCAAAUCCUCAUUUUACCUUCAAUGAAGGUAAGGGAAGUAAGGAGUCAGUACUGCACUCCAGAGAGGAUUGGCUCUCUUCAUAGAUAUCUUCUACCCACUGCUUCAAGUCUGUGUCAAGAUCACUUGGAUGCUCAAGAUCAGGACUACUUUCUUCAUGUGGCAUCUCAAUGGUCUCUUCUGAUAUUUGGGCCUUUAGAAAUCCUUGACACGGUGGGCCUUCUUUCUGAGGCACUCCCACUGGCAGAUAAGCUUGAUGCAGUGUGCCACAUCCACUCGGAUGUAACAAUGAGGGAGUUUCGCUGCCGGGUUGCCAAUCAUGACAUUGAAACAUUCAUUGAGGGUCGCCAAUUUGGGCAAAUGGCUGGGCUCAGGCUCUCUGCCCCCCCCGGAGCUCCCUCGCCCUCCCCCCCCCCCCCCUGCCGUCAUUCUCCCAACCCCCCACCGCCUCCCAACUACGCUGCCCCUUCACACCGGCGUCCGCACCCCCUCCCCCCGGCCCUGCACACCGGGAGUGGGCCUUCCUCACCUGCGCGCUGCCCCGCCGCUGACCCCUCCGCCACCUCCGCCCGCAGCGCCCCCCGAGCCGACGCCCCCCGGCACCCCCCCCUCCCCUUGAGUGCGCCCCGGAGCCGGGCCCCCCGCCCCCGGGCAUCGGUCCCGUUCGAGGAGUGCCCGCGGUUUCACCACCCCUCGCGGCCCCCCGGCUCGCGUCCCAUCACCAUCCCCGGCCGCCCAUCCCUCGAGCCCCGCCCCCCACGCGCCCAAUGCUCCCCCUCGCCCCUUUCUCCUGUCCCUACCGGGCCAUGUCCCCCCCCCCUCGCCACCGAGCGCUGGUACAGAAACAAAUCAUAUCUAGGCGUAACGAUGACUGACCGUAGAAGCGUGAAAGAUUUCCCCGGUUCGUUCCAGCAGCUCCUGCCCGGUAUGCAGCAGCAGCAGCAGCAGCAGCAGCCACAGCAGCAGCCGUCCCAGGAGUCCCCCACCCUCCCCGAGCCCACGGCCACAGACCUCACUGGAUACCCCGGCUACAGCUGCUCUCCAGGCCCGCAGUACCAGUACCAAUAUCACCCGAGCGUCACGGGCAGCUACACGGGCAAAGGCUACUCCGAGUACGGCGCGUACACCGCAGCGUACCCGCAGUACGGAGUCUACAGCAGAGGCCCGGCGCCAGGCGCUCAGCAAGCAGACAAAGAGGUGAGUGUGGAGCCCGAGGUGCGCAUGGUGAAUGGAAAGCCCAAGAAAGUGCGCAAACCACGAACAAUCUACUCCAGCUUCCAGUUGGCGGCGCUGCUAAGGCGCUUCCAGAACACGCAGUACCUGGCCCUGCCCGAGAGAGCCGAGCUAGCCGCCUCGCUUGGACUCACACAGACACAGGUCAAAAUCUGGUUCCAAAACAGACGCUCAAAGUUGAAGAAGAUUAUGAAGAACGGUGAGUUGCCCCCCGACCACAGCCCGAGCUCCAGCGACCUGAUGGCGUGCAACUCUCCUCAGUCUCCGGCCGUGUGGGAGUCACAAGGACACCAGGCUCUAGGCAGGACCCUCCCACCCAGCAGCAUGUCUUGGUACAGCUCGGCCGCCUCCACACAUCUGCACAGCUCCAUACAGCACUCUCUGGCGCUGGGAGCAGGGACGUUAUACUGA